AUGAGACCCUUUCUUACUUUAUGUAUAAUAUCAAACCUUCAUGAUAUACUGGUUGAAAUAACUAGUGGUAUUGGAGCCUCUGGAAGACCAGAAAUCCCAACUGCACUUACAUCUAUCAGCAGUUCCUGUCUCAUUGCCCUUUCUGUCGCAAAGGGUGAAGCAGAACUCAUUCUUAACACUGUAAAAUGUCUCAUCAUGGUUUCUCCAAGUUUAUCUGAUCAAUAUAUUCAGGUUCCAAUGAAUUUGACAAUGUUGCAACGGAGUGUGCAGUCUGUCAUACUAGGAUCACCAUCAAGAAACCUUUGGUUGGACUAUGGGGUACCCCAUCAAUGUCUGGUGAACAGCUUCCCAGUAGAUUUACCAGCACAGUUGAUUACUGGACCCCAAGAACUUGUAAUACGUUCCCUUGUAUCUGACGGUUGCUUCUUGUAUGUAUUUACGUCCAGGGGUCUUUUGAAAAUCGGAUCUGGGUAUGGCAAUUCUAUACGGCAGCAUGUGUAUUUAUACAAGCCAGAUUUCUUUGCAUCUGACCGACAUGGAUGGCUGGGAUUUUGUAAGGAUAAGUUAUACGUGAGAAUUGGACGGAAGAAAACGGAUAUUUAUGAGAUAGAUAAGGAGACAUUUGAAGUUAAAUGUGUGCUACAUCUAGAACCUGGGACACCAAUUGCGAUUGAACCAAAAUCCGCAGUGUUUUCUGACUCUAAUCGAUUGGGAUUAGUAUUACUUACCAAUUUUGACAAUCUAACCAUUAAAUUCUAUGACUUGGAUUCGACUUGCAACAGCCGUAUAGAGGGAAAUUCGAGAAUUGUAGAAUCUGUCAAGGAGCUUAAUGUUCAUCUCCUUAGGCGAACUUCUUUGAUUCUUGGCCGAGCUCCAUAUGAAGACGGAAUUUCUAGAAGAAUUACCGACCUUGAUGCACCAGUUGCUAUUCAGCUUGACGAUAACGAAGAUGAUCCACUAAUUGCAAUAAGCGCUGGACAAGAUUUUGGAUUACUUACUACAGCUUCAGGAAAAGUUUAUUAUACUGGAAAAGCAACCAGCCUGGGUUAUAAAGUGUCAUCAUCUUACAUUGGACGCUGGACGCUUAUGAAAGAAACAGUAUUUAUCAGGAAUGAUCAACCAAAAGUUAGAAAGACCAGAGUGAUACAGGUCGCUGUUGGUCAUGAAGGCGUCCACGCCAUACUGGUUCUUGACAAUGGUUCGGCUCUAUUCACCGGCAUCGCACGACGCGGCGAAGACGGUGAUGGAAACAAGAGACGAUCACCUAAACCUAGCCGUCCUAAGAAAAUAGCUAAGGCAGAGAAUUUCUACAUAGUAUACGCCGCUUGCAACUAUGGUUCUACUGCCCUGGUUACUCGACAAGGAGUUGUCCUUAUGUUUGGAAAAGACACACAGCAUUGCGAUUCUGCUGGAAUAGUGACCGGUUUGAGGCACGAAAGGAUCGUACAGGUUGCCUUAGGAAAGGCUCAUGCAGUGGCAUUAACAAACUUGGGUCAGGUUUAUAGUUUUGGUAUCAAUAAUAAAGGACAAUGCGGACGAGAAUUUGGUUACACAAAAGAAAAACCAUAUCCACCACGUAAAUCGUCGUCAAGAGACGAGCCAAAUAUUUGCAGCGAUCAACAUACUUGGUUGACUGAUUAUUGUCGCAUUUGCGUUAAUUGUCGGGAAUGCACUGGUUUCGCUGGGAACUGUAGUUGUGCAGCCUUGCCGAACCGAAUCCCUGGAGAAAAAUGCGGGUGCGGUGAAGGUGAGAGUGGUUGUAGUACGUGUGGCAUUUGCCGCCGUUGCGCGGAGGUUGCUGCUAUGACUCGCGAUCGUAUACCCGAUAGUGAGGACGAUAUAUCAGUAUAUGAUAUCGCUAGUACAUCCGAACAAGUUGUAGACGAUGAAAUAAAAUACAUGCAGUAUGAAGCUCAUUGUUCCAAAGAUGAGGGUGAGAAAGAUGCUGGGUUCAAAGGGAGUAGCUUGUCACCAGCGCGUAUACCUUUACCCGGAGGGCAUAAGAUUGAAGCGAUAGCUUGCGGCCUACAUCAUACAGUUUUGAUGACUCAUAUGGGUGACAUUCUAACCUUUGGUUCGAAUCAGUUUGGUGCUUUGGGUGCAGGGGAUACUUCACCCCAUCACAGAAUCAUACGCGUCAGGGUUCCUAGGGCUUCAGCUAUCGCGGCUGGCAGUAAUCAUACCGCCGUUUUGACCAGGGACGGGGAGUUAUAUACAUUUGGAAAUUACCAGAAAGGUGCGUUAGGCCGGCCACGUAUUGAGGAACCAAGAACUGAUAGAUGCCCGAUUUGGUACGCGACCCCUGGAAGAGUACCGCGAUUAGGCCCCAAAUAUAAUUGCAAAGCAGUUUCGGUCUCCGCAUCUGGAGAUCAAACUUUUGUACAGGUUUCGCAAGCUGUGUUAAAAACAGAUACACUAUUCAGCGCAACGAUAACGGCAAAUAAAAACACCAUAAUUAUACUGCCCAAUAGACCGGAACAUACAUUCAAGUGCGUAACAAUCUGUAAAAGCGAUGGCUCCUGUUACCCAUGGUCUGGUCCUGAACAAGUGGACUUUGUCAACACUUUAGCCUGUCUCGAUCCUUUGUAUGACGUAUUAUGGUGUUACCAGCCCCAAAUGAGAGUGAUGAAAUCUUACAACAUACAGGCCUUUGACGCGCAUAAACUGCAAAGAUGCUGCAAAAAUGACCCUGAAGGCUUCAUAAAUGACAUGGACUUUGAAUAUCCCCAUUAUGGUAUAAUGCGUAGGCUAGAAGAAUUUAAAAACCUCGAAAAUUUUGAAUGGAUCAGUAACAGUGAUGAUCGCCCAGCAGAUGGUGUUGCCAUCGCUAAUAUAUCAAUUCUAAACCAAGAUCUUGCUUUGCCUUGCGCCAAAGAUUGCUCCGUUACAAGAAUACACGCAGCUCUACAUUUACUUGGAUGUUUAGAUUCCCUGUUAUAUGCACAUGACAACAGGCUGUCGCAAGUGGAGUGUAAGAGAGACAGCUUAUCGAUGCCCAUUUCGCCGCUGAGAGAGGAUUACUUAACGGUCAAUCGCUUCGAAAGUCACGGCGGUGGUUGGGGUUACUCAGGACAUUCUAUUGAAGCAAUCCGUUUUAUGAGCGACACUGACAUCUUACUCGGUGGUUAUGGUCUCUUUGGUGGGCGUGGAGAGUAUACGGCCAAAAUUAAACUAAUUGAUAUCGGCACGGAAGGAGGAGAUCAGGAAGGUGAUGGAGAUGUUCUCGCAGAGACCGGAGAAAUUCCAUACGAAUGUGCACCAAGAGACAAAUUUCCUAUACUAUUUGAAACGCCCAUUGUACUUGCGGCACAACGAUGGUACGUAGCCUGGACGUGCAUUAACGGUCCGUCAUCAGAUUGCGGUUCAACGGGCCAAGCGAUCGUUAUUAAUGAUGAUGUUGGAUUUCACUUCAAGACAUCAAAGAAGUCGAAUAAUGGAACCGAUGUCAAUGCGGGCCAAAUACCCUGCCUCCUUUACAACGUAAUUAACCAUGAACAUGUGCCGAAACGACGCAAAGAUCCCGGCGAACCCGUUACUAUUCUUUCAAAGAACAUCUCGAGAAAAGUAACAGUUGCCUGCUUCAAAUGCCUGAUAACACUACUUCAGUGGAGUUGGAGCACAUUCAAGGAGUUACUCCUGGAUACAAACGGACAAAUACCUAUAAAUUACCAGAAACUAACAAUUAUGAAGCACCAGAAGCGCUUGGUGUACGUGAUUCGAGCGUGCUUGAGGCUCGUUAAGACGUAUGUCAAUGAGAUAUAUCCACAGAAUAACAGGAAACGCAAUUCCCAAGAGUACCUGGCGUAUGUUGAAACAAUAGCAGACAUUCGGAAUUUGAUCCAAGCGAUCAUGGCUGAUCAAACGCCCACUUGUUCUAUGUUGCCUCGUAAGCCGGGCCGGAAUAAGUCCCAACGUGUAUGUUACGUGCAAUUCGCUUUAGAGAUGACAAAUGCGAUAUUAAAGGAAGCCCAUGAAACCGUGACCGCAUGCUUUCAUGCGUUUUUCCCGACUCCGAUUUUGAAAUGGCAUCACCUAUGUUCGCUGCUAUAUAAUGUCUCGGAUGGCAUAGUACCAGCCUCACAGAUACGUGAACUGACAUCUACAUGUGCUGCAAUGUGUGGGUUUCGAAGUCUUCGUGACGUGUUACAAUAUAUUGUUCCCGUUACACAAAGCUGUAUCAUGCUUAAUGAGAUGAGGAAAGAAAGUAGGGUGGUAAAAGAUGUUCCAAGUAAAUCAGCCACCGUGCCCCGUUCAGCACAUUCUCAACAUUCUCCGAAGCCACCGCCGAUUCCCCCGCGGGCUAAUCGAGAAGCAAGGCAACAUAAUCCCGCUUGGAAGUCCAAUCAUACAGACUGGCAUCUUUUGGAUAUAAUUCCGAAAUUACUGGAUAUGGUAAUGCUACCAAUUAAAGAUCAGAUGAUGACACGGCAAUGUGGACAGCCCCACGACCAUGGCGAGAUACAGCAGAAUGAUAAACUCGCUGACUACUGCUGCAAAUUUAUUGUGAGAAUAAUCGCUGAAUUGGCGUUUAGUUCAAAAAAUAUUAAGGAGGACACAGAUACAGCUGCAAUAAAGCAUCUUAUUACUCCAUCACGAUUUAUUCGUGUGAAUCCGAGCCGUUCCUGGAAUACUAGCAAUGGUAGUCCGGAUGCCAUCUGUUUUAACAUUGACCGCCCGGGUAUUGUCUUAGUCGGUGCUUGUGUCUAUGGCGGCCCGGGUACCUUUGAGUAUACCCUGGAAUUGCUUCACGAUGUUCGGCUACGGACUGUGAGUGAAGAGGCGCGAUCAUCGCAUUGCUGGAUAAGUGUUGAGGUCGUUCACGGUUCAUUUUCCGCUGCUGACUGCCAACAUGAUAUGGUACAGAUUAAAUUCGAUAGACCUGUACCUUUAAAAGAAGAUCUUCGCUAUGCUUUACGAUUCUGUAAUAAUGGUGGUCGUACUGCUAACGGUGACAGUGGAUUAUCCUCCGUGAAGGGACCUGAUGGUACAACAUUCACAUUUACAUCUUGUUCGUUGAGCUUCAACGGAACUACGCUGGUUCGGGGACAGAUUCCCUGCCUCAUUUAUUAUGGGACUACAAAACCGACAAACUCUUCGGAGAAUCCUGAUACAUUAAUGGCUGCUCUCAGAGCAAUAACUUUGAAAGUUGCCUCAAUGGUAAUAGAACGAGGAGCCGAUCUGUUUUGCACCCUACGCAAUGAGUUAACGACAGAGGAUUUGCGCAGAAAUGCGUUUGUAUUACAACAAUCGCCUGUCAUAAAUACCUUGAUUCCAUAUGUCUUGGCUAAUCUUGAGGGAUUGGACGAUUCAAAGAGCGUAAUCCACCUGUUGGAAAUAAUACACAAAUUGCUGCCACAUGUGUCGGCUAUGAACCUACUGGUUCCCAGCGUGGAAGAGAUAAGCACUACCACAACAACCCAUUACUAUACAUGGAUAGAAAGUGACCAUCCAUACAAACAAGCAACAGUCUCCAAUAUGAGGGUACUGUUCCCAUCCCAAGUAUCCUGGAUAGUUUUGGAAAUGGAUCCUAGGAGUAUAACAGCUCAGCCUGAAGACAAUCUGACAAUUUACGCAGUAGCUGGCUCCCCUCGCCACAGAUGCCACUGCUCUAGCGAGUAUAGAGUCCCGGAUCCACCAUUCCGUAAGAGGAUUAUUCAACUAACUUCAGACACGGGGGAGGUAGAAGAGCUUGAUGAAGGAUGCUUAGACGCGCCCUGCAUGCAAUAUAACUGCACCUAUGUCAGCGUUACGCCCAAACUUUCCAAUAUGUCUGCUGAUUGGCCUCACAAAGGACUCCUCAUUCCUGGAAACGAGGUCAUAUUUUCUCUUGAAACGGCUUCGGACUAUUUAAACGAAUAUAAGAACGACGAUGAGCCGGACGAGAACCGAUUCGGUUUCCGAUGCCUCUGCGCCGGCUACGAAGACGCACCAUUUACAUCUCAACGUCAAGGCUUGGUGUCUUUAGAGAUGGAACUAGUAUAUAGUGGAGCCGCUUGCGCAUCGCGUUUACUAGCACCUGAUAUCGACAUAUCACCAUUGAGUUAUUUGACUGUUGUGGAACUUCAAAUGCUGGCGGGGACUGGCAACAGUCCAGGAGGCGAAGCCGAUGGGACUGAUGAGAGCGAAUCCAUGUUUCUUUACCGUGGACUUGACUUGCCUUCGCCGCCUUCUGUUCACAAUGUACUUGAUGGUCAAGCUUUACUGCGAGCGUGA